AUGCCCGAGCCAGCAAAGUCCGCGCCCAAGAAGGGCUCCAAGAAAGCCGUCACCAAGACCGCAGGGAAAGGCGGCAAGAAACGCCGAAAGUCGAGGAAGGAGAGCUACGCCAUUUACGUGUACAAAGUCCUGAAGCAGGUCCACCCCGAUACCGGCAUCUCCUCCAAGGCCAUGGGAAUCAUGAACUCGUUCGUGAACGACAUCUUCGAGCGUAUCGCCGGAGAGUCGUCUCGCCUGGCCCACUACAACAAGCGUUCCACCAUCACCUCCAGGGAGAUCCAGACCGCAGUGCGCCUGCUGCUCCCCGGAGAGCUGGCCAAGCACGCAGUGUCCGAGGGCACCAAGGCCGUGACCAAGUACACCAGCUCCAAGUAA